GGUGGUGUAUAUAGUUUCCCAGCCUCCUUAACAUACAAGUGAUGAGAUCUUAUGCUAAGUCAAGCCAGGUGUACCUUAAUGACUCGCCACAGUUCAUCUUUCACAAACACUGCAUUGAAAUCCUAAAUUCUACUCAUUAGCCAUAACUGCUAUCUACAUAACAGGUAUAAAUAGGAAUGGACUGGCAUGAGGCUUUAAAAUGAAUGGUACUAAUAUAGUAGUAUAUGCUAAAUAUGGUAAGCAUUAUUCUGAAUUUGAUAAAUAAACUAAUAUAAUGUACUCUUCUAGAGUGUUUGGUGAUGAUAGGUUUUAUUUAUAAAUGCCAUGACUAGCUGAGACAAAUGAAAUCUAAAUUUGGCAUCACAGACUUAGCCUGGUAGUCUUAUGAAGUGCUAAUGAUUUCUCCUCAUGAUUCCUCUUCCAUCAGGCCAGCUCUCACUUGAAGCAGAAAAAACUUGGCUUCAGUAUGAAUCGGAGCGCUGGGGUCUCAAGUUCAACCUUGAAGCUAUGGCUUGUCAGGAAGAAUCACAGUCCACCCCAGCAUUGAUUCACAUUCCUGAGAGCAGCAGUGGUAUGACCUUCGUGGGAGGAGGUGGCAGUGAAAUGGGGGCUGUGGGCGGGGCAGGAGGGCCAGGUUCUGGAGUACCAGAAAACAAUUUACGUGAAUCUUGCACUCGCCUUUCUAUUUCACUGGAGGAAAAUGGCUUAUAUAAGGUAUGUACAACAACACAGAUGUAUAUGUAAAAUAUGGCUUAAGUAUGUUCUCCUAGAUAAAAUUGCUUAAAUAAUUAUGUACUUAAUACUGUAAUGCAGCUAUUACUAAUGUAAAUAUGCUUCUAUGGAAUGAUGCAGUACAUGAUAGAACACUUAAUUUAACCAAUUUUACAGGAGUAGAGGCACAGGUAAUAGCUAGGUAAGACAUGGGCUGUUCAUUCUGGUUAAACUAAUCGCCUGAAAAUAAGAUUUUUAGAAAUACAGUACCAUAAUACCAUUUAUUCAUUAAGUUGGCAUUAGACUGAAAUGUGACAAGCACAUUUGGAAAUAUACUGGUAGCAAGGAAUCCAUUUAUUGCCAUGUUUCACCGUUGUAUGAAACUAGGGUGAUUUUUUUAAAUUAUUCCCUGUUACCAUUGUUUUUAUUUCCAUUUAGUAUUAGUUUACGAUAUUGUCUGCCUAUAAACUAAUUUUGUGUAUUUACUAAAUAUGCACUCCUUUAAACAAUAAAAGAAGAAUUUUAUCUUGAAAAUACAGGUAAACCUUCAAUAUAACAAACUUUUAAAAUGUGCAAAAUCCACUGGAUAAAUUGCAUAUAUAACUUCGUUUUUUGUAAAAUAACUGCAAAUUGUGUUUAGGGUAUUAGGUGUGCAGUAAAGUUUGUCAGUGCUUUCUUUAUUUUUUAAUAUUAUGGUAUAACACACUUGAAGAAUCCCACUUUUAGUCGUCUGUUAUAUCAAGGGGUUACUGUAUAGGCAAAAACCAUUUGAACUAAUUUAUCUUCAUUUCAUUGCUCUUCCCUGGGAGUUACUGUACAUAUAACUGUUGCUAGAAUGGAAGCUUUCAAAGAUAUCAAGAGACUUUUAGCA